CGUGUUGCUGCCUGAGAGACCCCUUCAAACAUUCCUCCUCGACCUUCGCAGUCGUCCUGCUCCCGUCUUCAAAUACAAAAGCCCUUGGUUUUAUCACCAUGCAGUGUGUAAUCUUCUGAACUCGUGAAAGCUGUUGUUUCCGACCUUUUUUUACUUUGAAUUCCACUUCGCGUCAAGCGACAGGUGACCUAGCACUAUGUCCACCGACCGUGAUGAUUGGGAGGAUUUCGGUUUUAGAAGGGCUUCUCAUUGGAUUGAAGACCCUGAAGAGGACUGCAUCUUGCAAUUUGACGACCCUAAUGUGUCCUGGAGACUUGGCCCUAUCUUAAAGGAGAGAGUCCGCCAUGGAGAUGAGUACGCGGGGGUCAAGAUAUCCGAGGCAGCUGGUACAUGCAUCGCCACACAGAUCGAAGGCCCACAGAAGGGCAUGAAGGCGAUAGCCAAGAUCAGAAUGCAGAUCCCCCCAGGAAUGGAUGAUCCCUCCGAAUACGACCCGGAUAUUGACUAUUCUAUCUAUAAAUCAGACUAUCGUAGCAUAUGGGCUACAUGUGAAUCCGAGAUGCUGAAGUACCUUACAGAAAAAGGCUCUAAAUGUACACCACGCUUCAUUGGCCUUGAGGUCCGAGAUCAAACGGAUCGCGACUAUGUCCCUGGAGGCUACGUUCAAUACCUUUUGAUGGAAAAGCUGCCUGGGACUAAUUUGCUAGAUUGGUGUGAAUUUGAUCUUCAAACGAGAAACAGAGUCCGGCUUGCAUUUGCAAAAGCCAUUCGUGAAUUCUAUUCCUACGGACUUGUACACAAUGACCCUCAGAGGAACAAUAUAAUCUGGGAUGAGAACACCGACAGAUGUUGGAUAAUUGAUAUGGAGGACGCGAUUUAUGCAGACAAACCACGGAAAUUCAAACCAAGACUCGACUGGACUGAGUGGGCCAUAGCCAGGGCAAAUGACAGGGAAAGGAACAUAGAUCCGAUGCUUCCGGAUGAGUAUGACGAGUAUUCAGAUGAUGAUGCGAUAGCUGCUCUCGCAACUCGAACAAAGACAAGACAGAUGUGUGAAGGUCUCAGCGACUUUCGCGCCUCUCGCGCCUCAUAGUGUCGUCUUCCUAUUUGUUUGUCAAUUCAGUCAUCUUGCAUCAGAGCCAUGACAAUGAACAUC